UCAGAGCGUGGCAAGUCAGACAAGUUUGAGUAGCGGAGUGAAGCGAAGGCAUUUCAGAGAGAGACGCGUUUCGAGGGGAAGUUGGUUUUAAAGCACGGCUUGGCUUUAAACAGAAUAAUUAGGCGUUAGUUUAUACAGCAGAACCUUUAAAAGUAAACCGAGCACGGCUGGAAGAGUGUCUGGGACCGCUGGAAGGCUUGACGAGGGGAGAAGGCCCGGUGGAGAAGGCUGAGAGGUGAUGAUGAUGAAGAAGAAGCUGCUGUUGUUGGUUGUGUUGCUCGGGUUAGCACACUUCAUUACUAUCAGCACAGGACAGCAAGAAGGAGAAGAGCUGAGUAAAGAUGGUGACCUCGACGCUGAAGAUGAGGACGAUGAUGACGACGACGAUGUGGAUGAUGAAGACAGCACGGAGGUCAAAGAGGAAAAUGGUGUGCUUGUUCUAACUGAUGCCAACUUUGACACUUUCAUAGAGGGCAAAGACACGGUGCUGGUGGAAUUCUAUGCUCCCUGGUGUGGCCACUGCAAGCAGUUUGCGCCAGAGUAUGAGAAGAUUGCUCAGACACUGAAGGAAAACGAUCCUCCUAUCCCCGUGGCGAAAGUAGAUGCCACUGUGGCUAAUGCACUUGCGAGUAGAUUUGAUGUGUCUGGAUAUCCGACUAUCAAAAUUUUGAAAAAGGGAGAGGCGGUGGACUACGAUGGAGAGCGAACUGAAAAAGCUGUUGUUGAACGAGUUAAAGAAGUUGCCCAGCCAGACUGGAAACCUCCACCAGAGGCCACACUCGUGCUGACGAAGGACAACUUUGAUGAUGUGGUUAAUAAUGCAGACAUCAUUUUGGUGGAGUUUUAUGCCCCCUGGUGUGGCCACUGCAAAAGACUUGCUCCUGAGUAUGAGAAAGCUGCUAAGGAGCUCAGCACUCGAACCCCUCCUAUCCCUCUGGCUAAAGUUGAUGCCACUGCAGAGAGUGACCUCGCCUCACGCUUUGAUGUAACUGGAUACCCAACGCUUAAAAUCUUCAGGAAGGGGAAAGUGUUUGAAUACAAUGGACCACGGGAGAAACAUGGUAUUGUUGAUUACAUGAGUGAGCAAGCAGGCCCUCCAUCCAAGCAAGUGCAGGCUGUGAAACAAAUUCAGGAACUGGUGAAAGAUGGUGAUGAUGCUGUGAUUGUUGGCGUGUUCUCCAGUGAACAGGAUGCUGCCUAUGAAGUCUAUCAAGAAGCAUGCAACACCCUCAGAGAGGACUACAAAUUCCGCCACACGUUCACUAAGGAAAUCUCCAAGUUCCUGAAGGCCUCACCUGGCCAGGUGGUCAUGCUCCAGCCGGAAAAGUUCAGGUCGAAAUACGAGCCUUCAUCCCACACCUUAACCAUUAAAGAUUCCACAUCUGCCUCAGAGGUUCAGGAUUUCUUUAAGAAGCACACGCUGCCAUUAGUGGGACACAGAAAACAGAGCAAUGAUGAGAAGCGCUACUCCAAACGUCCACUGGUGGUUGUGUAUUAUGGUGUUGACUUCAGUUUUGAUUACAGAGUUGCCACACAGUACUGGAGGAGCAGAGUGCUGGAGGUGGCCAAGGACUUCCCAGAGUACACGUUCGCCAUCGCAGACGAGGAAGAUUAUGCUGCUGAGCUGAAGAGCCUCGGGCUCAGUGAGAGUGGCGAGGAGGUGAAUGUUGCCAUACUUGCUGAAGGAGGGAAGAAAUAUGCAAUGGAGCCGGAGGAGUUUGACUCUGACGUGCUUCAGGAAUUCGUUCUGGCCUUUAAAAAAGGCAAACUGAAGCCCAUCAUCAAGUCCCAGCCCAUUCCCAAGAGCAACAAGGGACCUGUGAAGGUGGUUGUUGGGAAAACCUUUGAUGAAAUCGUCCUGGACGAGAAGAAGGAUGUCCUGAUUGAGUUCUAUGCACCGUGGUGCGGUCACUGCAAAAAACUGGAGCCUGAAUACCUCGCUCUUGCAAAGAAGUACAAGAACGACAAGAAUGUAGUGAUCGCCAAAAUGGAUGCCACAGCCAAUGACGUGCCUCAUGAUGCUUACAAAGUGGAAGGAUUUCCAACAAUAUACUUUGCCCCCAGCAACAAGAAGCAGAAUCCCUUUCAAUUUUCAGGUGGUGAAAGAAACCUGGAGAGUUUAAGCAAAUUCUUAGAAGAACAUGCAACAAAACUAUCACAGGAGAAAGACGAACUCUAAGGUGUUUAGAAAGACUCUGAACCUGAUGUGAUGAAAUGCAGACCGCAGGUGUCUGACUUGAUCUUGCAGUAAGCAUUGUUUCUGAAAGAAUUCUGUUCAUUCCAAAGCACUGUUUAUUAGGUUUCUUUCAAAAUCAUCUUUUUAAAUAAAUUGGAAAAGGGAAAACAAACAGCUGUUCUCUUGUGCACUUCUGUUUAGAUGGAUGGGUGAUCGAGCUGGGACCUUUUGGUUUGGUCACAAGCCUGACUUGUCAGAGCAGCAUGGAUAAUUUAGUUAUCAGUAAUACAAUAUUGAAUCAAGUGUUACCAGGCAAGAAGCCCAUUCAUACAAGCUGGCUGCUCACCCAUCAAUAAAAUGUUUAUUGAACACCGUG